UCGGUGGGGUCGACGAGAGGGUGGCUGGGCAACACUCGUGGUGGGGAUUUAUCACUCUCGGUGGCGUGCCGUGGCCGCACGCGGCAUUCGGCAGUUUACAGCCGACCGCCGAACUGGCGAUUUCGCGAUACGAUUUCGGCGCGACGCAGCGCCACGCUCCGUUCUUCGCGCAGGAGAUCGCCUAGGGGUGCGUGCACGUGCGCGGGCGCGCACUCGAGCGUUCGUCGAGGGGCGCCGCAAAGGGACGUUUGUUGUUUGUCGUUGUUGUGAAACACUCGUGACGAUUGACGCGGUUUGACGGUAGACUGGCGGAUAGAUAGAUAGGUAGAUAGAUAGAUAGACAGAUCGAUCGAUCGAUCGACCGACCGAUCGUUUGAACUGGUCCUCGAUGGAGAGAGACACCCGGGCACGCACGGGGGUUAGUGGCUGUUUCGUGCGUCUUGUGCAGUGCCACGUGAGGCGGAGCGCUUAAACGGAGGACGGUGGAGACUGCCGCUCACGGAACCUUCGCCGUUUGCCAGUGAUUGUUGCCAGACGGCGCCGUAGCCAAGAUCACGAUGACUAUGGACGUGAGCAAAUCCGAGACGAAUAAAAAUGGUUCGACGCAGCAGGAGUGCGCCGGCUGCGGAAAGACAAUUACGGAGAGGUACCUCCUCAAGGCCUUGGACCUCUACUGGCACGAGGACUGCCUCAAGUGCGGAUGCUGCGACUGUAGGUUAGGAGAGGUCGGCUCUACGCUCUACACCAAAGCUAACCUUAUCCUCUGUAAGAGGGACUACCUCAGGCUCUUCGGCAACACAGGAUGCUGCGCGGCAUGUAACAAACCAAUACCGGCGUUCGAGAUGGUCAUGAGGGCCAGGACGAAUGUCUAUCAUCUCGACUGCUUCGCCUGUCAACAAUGCACUCAUCGGUUUUGCGUGGGCGAUCGGUUUUACUUGUGCGAGAAUAAGAUUCUCUGCGAGUACGACUACGAGGAGAGGCUAGCCUUCGCUAAUAUGGCGUUACAGACACCCGCCUCAUUAGCAUACAUCAAAAGGCAACUUCCUCCCACACCGACGCCCCCGGGCCAGAACAUGCACCCGGGACACAAUCCGCUGCAGGCUCAUCAGGGUCUGGGGCAGUCGGUGGCUCAACACAAUCACGUGCCGAACGGUCAAAUGUCGGGCGGUACGCCGACGGUGAACGGGACGGCUAUAGGGGUCGGCGGACCGAGGGCGCCGGGUGACAUGAACAACAACGGCCUGUCGGGGCCCGCUCUCGGACCCGUGAAGCCGCCCCCGAUGUCGAUGCAGGCGCCGACCAGCUGAAACGAGGCUUCGCCGUCUCUGAAGAAGCUCAGGUGUCUCAGCGGUUACUAAGACCGACGGGAGUUCUCCUCGCUCCGUGGAGAUAAUUGAAUAUUUCAAGCGGCGGGGAGGAGGAGGAGGAGGAGGAGGAGGGGGAGGAGGGAGGAGUGGGACGAAAAGAAGUAUACGUUGCACCGCUGAGAAGAACGGACGGGAUGGACGGGAGGAAAGGGGUUGCGAUGUCGAGGGCUCGCGGAGUGACAGAGACCGCGGCGGGAAGGGAGAAGAUUGGAACACGCGCGCGCGCAGGAUCGGACGCGAAGUCCUUCCUGGGACUUUGGCGAUGAAGUGUGACGCUCAGCAGUUGGAGAUUGGAAUCACUGUGAUCGUGGCAAAUGAACAAAUUUCAUGGCGGAUAUGUUAAUACAAUAGGACACGCGCGAGGUACGGGCCAGAGCACGCUCGAUACACCGUAUUUACGAACAGACCCACACACACAUACACACACACACACACACGUAUACGGACACCACGCAUACACUGCUACACGUCGCACCCGGACACGAACGGACGCCGAACGACGUUCGCGUAGUUCUCGGGGGCCGAUGCACAUGUGUGCAUCUUGUAAGAUACGACCACACGCGACACACACGUAAGGUUAAAUUAGAUGAUUUGUGUAAGAUAUAUUUCCAGCGAGAGAGACGAGACACGGGGGUGGUGAAUGUGAGGGCUCUCAGCGAGCGCGUGCAUGCGUGUGUGCGUGUGUGUGUGCGAAUGAAUGGCGGAGUCGCUUGUAAAUAAAUCUGUGUCGUAUUCGACUCCGUGAGUGAGCAAGAGAGGGAGAGAGGGGGAGGGGGAGAGGGAGGAUGAAACAAUUACCAGUAUACGCAGGCCCACCAAAAUGACUCUUAUCCCGCUCGUGAUACCGCCAUCGUUGAUCCGUAAAGACGUGGAGCGCCAGUUCGGAGGAAACAGCAACAGUGAGGGAAAGAGAAAGAGAGAGAGAGAGAGAGUGAGAGAGAGAGAGAGAGAGAGAGAGAGAAGCGAACUUUCAGCGAGAGCGAAGAGGACACGAGGGGUUCUGUAACACGUGCCAUAAUCCUGCGAUCUCUCGUUUCACAGCCGACCGAAAGGGCGCUGCCAGGAAGAGGGAAAGGAGACGAGUAAGAUGAUGAUUAUUUUAUAUUCCGCGAUCGCGGAGAAUCGCGGCAAGCGCGACCGCGACUUCGCGAGCUCUCGCACGCGCGUCUCUCGCAAAUUUAUACCAACGUAAACAUAAUUCUUCCCUCGUCGCGCCUGGCACUCGGAAACGACGACGCGGCAGACUUCAUUUUCGUGUCCCUCUAGUCUCGUAAAAUUUCCGUUAUGUCGCGCGGUGUGUCAUCGUUGAUUCUCGCGUCGGAGAAGAGAGCGGGACGUGCCCGCGACAGUCGAUACCAAAGAGAUAAUUCAAGACAUUAGGUUAAGAGCCCCUCGGAUCGAGCGCCGCGGAGAGAGAGAGAGAGAGAGAGAGAGAGAGAGAGAGAGAGAGAGAGAGAGAGAGAGAGAGAGAGAGAGAGAGAGAGAGAGAUUGAGUUUUCGACAGCCCGACGCGCGUCACGGCGACGGUUAUUUUCCACCAGCAUCCAUCCGGCGGAGCGUUCGCGAGACGGCGAGGAGCAACGGCGGAUUAUCGUACGGAUCCCCCCGAUCGGUCUCGAUGCUCGCGUCGGAGCUUUCGGUAAAUCGGACAAAGCACUCUUACUCACUUUUCACGUCACUUUUCACUUUCGUGCCGAGAGAAGCCCAUAGUGAUUUAUGUUUCCCGCGUGUUCGACGAGACGUCGAGCCUUCGUCGUAGACAGCCGCGCAGCUCCGGCGGCAAGCUGACCCAAGCGGGAUCUUCGCGCGUACGUUAAUCCGCCGCCGACGACGUGAGAUGCGACGCGAGCCGGAGCCGCCAGAGCGCGGCGAGGGGCUUAGUCACUUAGCUUUAACGCUUCAAUGCCAAAAAUACGAGCGGCGCUUAUCUAUACCAAACGCCAAACGGCACACAUCCCUUCGUAAUCGUGCGAAGCAGGUGGGAAGAGGGCGACGACGAGGAUGCUCUCUCGCGCCGCGCUCUCGUCGGCGCGCGCCAACACUAUUAACCGCGGGCUCACGAGUCCACGCUAAUUUCGCCGUGAGUGAUUUCCACGCGGCGCCGGAAGGUACCGGUCUGUCUCGUUCUCGCGUGUGUCCGGGCUUUCUCUCGCUCGCGACCGGCGGGACCCCGCUUGCACCGACGUCGCCGCGGAGCGACAGGGUAACCGUAACGCACGUAACGUUGUUCUCUCGGCAGGCGCAUCAAAUCCCCUCCGUAGUGCCGGCUACACACAUCUUCUUAUCAUCGCGUACACAGACAGAGUUGCAGGCCGAUCGUCUCUGCGCCGAGCUGAGCCCGCGAUUACGGUUACUUGAUCCCGAAGCGGACGGGAAAACACGGAGUCGAUGGCUGAGGAGAGACGCGUCCGAUUCUCGCACUCGCAACGCGAUCAUCGGUGCAAUCGGUCUCACGUUCCGCCGGAACUGUCGACAGAGUCGUCGUCGUCGGCGCUCCCGACGCUCACGACGACGAUGCGACGCGCGCUGAAUCCGAGAGAACGCAGGCGUAAUCGGGAUUUAUAGUUUGCGCAUCGAGUAUAUGUAAAUUAUCGAGCAACAGUGGAUCGAACCCGACGACUAUCGUACCGUGUUAGUACAAAGAUCCUGUGACGUAGAGAGAGAGAGAGAGAGAGAGAGAAUGAGAGUGAGAGAGAGAGACUGAGAGAGAGAGAGAGAGAGAGAGAGAGCGAACGAAAGAGAGUCGGCUACGAUAGAGGCGAUACAGUGACGAGCGAGAAGGACAUGUGUCUCCCACGUAGGCGGAGAAAACGAGGGACGAUUUUUUCCCGUUUUUUAUCCAUCUGUAUAUAACAUCACUUACUAGGGCUCUAUUAAUAUAUUUACGACCGCUCCCCUUCGCGCGGGGGCUCCCAUUACUACCGAGAAAAUAUAACAUUCUUAUAAAUACAA